AGACGCUUAACCAACUAAGCCACCCAGGCACCCCUGUCCAAACCUACUAAUAACAACACAAGCGUUCAUUGUUCCAGCGUCUGUCUAGCACCUGACUUCUGAGAGGGAGCACUUGGAUAAUCCAGACAGUGAAAGGUACCAAGUUAUCUGAAGAGGUUUUUUGUUUGUUUGUUUUUGCAUUUUACAUAGUGGGGAGGGUUCAGAUGAUGAGGGAUAAUGGCUCCAACUAAAAGAUAUAUUCAAAUCGAUUCAUUUCCUUGAACUCUAGUGGCAGGAGUUGGAACAGUAAGAGGACUGUGUUGUGUGAAUAUAUUUGGUUCCUGCAUUUUGCCUGGUGAGUAAGGGAAUCUCAGAGAGUAUGGGAUGCCAAUUCUAUCUCAAAGGUGUAUCCAGAUCCAUUCAGUUCCUGUAUGUGGAUAGUGAGCUUUUGGAGAAUGUGUCUGAAUAGGUUUGGUUCCUGCAUUUUUGAUGUUGGGUAGCUAGAGGUCUGAUAAUGAUGGAGAACAGCUCUGUUUCAAAUAUGUCUGGUUUGAUAUUUAGGGAGGGUUCAAUGUCUGGGUGAUAAGUGGGGAGGCUGUGGAGGCUGAGGUAUACCAGCUCUGUCUCAGCAGUGCAUCUGCAUACAUUUAGUUUCUGAUUUUGGAUAGUGAAGAGUUUGGACAUGCUUAUUUGAGGGAAAACAGCUCUGUUUGAAGUUUAUCGGGUGGAGCUGGGGGUACCAGCUCUGUCUCAAACACACACACACACACACACACACACACACACACGAUUCCCGAGUUUGGAUUGGGAGGAAUGUUGUAAUUAUGACGGCCAAUAUAUAUUGAGCACUUACUUACCAAGGGCCAGUUACUGUCCUAAACAGUCUUUAAGUGUCAUAAUUCAUGUCACGCUCACAACAGCCCUGUGAAGUGCAUAUUGUUGUCAUCACCCCUGUUUUAUAGAUGAAGACAUUGAGGCACAGAGAGGAUAAGUGACUUGUCUGGGCAGCUACAUAGCCAUAAGUGGCAGAGCAGGGUUGAAUCCCAGAGCCAUGGUUUCCUACCCCUACAGGAGGCCACAUGGGGCUCAAGUCCCGGCUGUGGUGGGACCUGGAGGUUGGCCAUCUUGCAGGACGACGAUGUGUGUGGGUGAUUCUGCCCCACCUGUUGGCCUGGCCCAAGAGGCCCAAUUACCUGCUCUCCCCUCCUUACUCCUGCCCUAGCCCAUCUCCACACGGGUUUAUUAUUGUUGUUAUUAACAGACAUUAAUGACGUGGUGUGAGUUUCCUUGUACUUUGAAAUGCCUUCCAAAGUGAUUCUGGUCUCUGUUGGCCCUGGAAAUGCUGUUUACCCAUUUUACAGAUGAGGAAAGCUAAACCUUGGUGCUCAGUCUGCAUCGCCAGCCAGAUACCCUUGGCCCUCUCAGCUCUGGUUUCAUAAGUGUCCCUCUUCCCAGCGUUCUUGCUGUCCCCCAAGAGGCGGGAGAGAGGCCGUGGCUGAGGGGACACUCCCCAUGGACACUCAGCCACCCACCUUAUGGCUGCUGCCUCCACCAGCCCUAGGCAGUGGAGGCGAGGGAAGGGGGCGGAUGAAAGGAACCUUUGUGUCCCGUGCCAGAAAUCUCACUCCCAGGAAGAAAGGUGGGCAGGGUGGCAGGAGGCCUCGCAUUGCGUGUCUACAUACACGGGGUAGGGCAUUGCUGGUACAGUGCUCCCCUCCAGGCUUGGCCCCCCCACCAAGUGGGGAGGGAGCUUUCCUCACUCUGCUCUUUCACAUCACAGCAUGGGCUGCUGCAGGGGCCCGGGUUGGGCUUGGGCCCUGAGGUCACAGAGCAGAUGGUCCCAAAUGGAGCACAGGAUGUGUGGUAUGUGCCGGGGCAGGCCAGAGCCCUCAAUUUCCUUGACUCCUGGCCAGAAAUGCUCAAGGGGGAGGGGUGGGGCAGAGCCAGCCUGGAUGUGAAGAAGCAUGAGCCCCCUCCCCACUUUUCCUCCCUUGCAGGAGUAGCCCCUGUCCACCUCCAGCCCAGGACCCGGCCCCCCAAGUUCUGAGUCCACCCGCUCUUAUGCAUCUGUGAUCAGAAUCAGGCCUCCUCACCUCUCCGAGCCCCAGCUUCCGCAUCUACGAACUGGCUAUGAAGAGCUGGGUCUGCGUCAUCCUCCCAGGUACCUGAGGCCACCCCACAGCACCUCUCCGGCGUUGGCAGGACUCCUGACUGCGGCCCAUGGGCCUCUGAGGAGGCGUCGUAAGUCCACCUAGCUCCCCACGUGCUGUGCGUCCACUCAAUGGGAAGGGGACCAAGGCCUUGUCCAGCCAUCAGCCACGGCCUCUCAACAGCACCAGGAUGGAAGUCAAAGCUGCCCUGUUUGGAGAGGCUGCCCCCCAGGUGAAGUCAGAGCGUUUGCGGGGGCUGCUUGACCGGCAGCGGGCCCUGCAGGAGGCCCUGAGCCUGAAACUUCAGGAGCUCCGCAAAGUGUGUCUGCAGGAGGCGGAGCUGACCGGCCAGCUGCCCCCCGAGUGCCCGUUGGAACCUGGGGAACGGCCCCAGCUGGUCCGCCGGCGGCCCCCUGCAGCCCGCGCCUACCCUCCAUCGCACCCCAACCCAGCACACCACUCCUUGUGCCCUGCUGAGGAGCUGGCUCUCGAGGCCCUGGAGCGGGAGGUGUCCGUGCAGCAGCAGAUCGCAGCCGCUGCCCGCCGCCUGGCCUUGGCCCCUGAGCUGAGCAUUGAGCAGCGCCGCCGGCGGCGCCAGGUGCAGGCAGAUGCGCUGCGGAGGCUGCACGAGCUGGAAGAACAGCUGGGGGACCUCCGGGCCCGCCUUGGCCUCCCGGGGCUCCCCCCUCCGCAGCCCCUGGCCCUGGCCCCGGCCCCGGGGGCGCUCAUCACCACCCAGGGAGUAUGCCUGGGCACACGCCUCGCCCAGCUCAGCCAAGAGGAUGGAAUCCUGCACUCGGAGAGCAGCUCCCUCUCGGAGUCUGGGGCCAGCCAUGAUAAUGAGGAGCCCCGUGGCUGCUUCCCCCUGGCUGAGCGCCCCUCACCACCCAAGGCCUGGGACCAGCUGCGGGCCGUAUCUGGGGGCAGCCCUGAGCGGCGAACCCCAUGGAAGCCACCCCCGUCAGAUCUUUACGGGGAUCUGAAGAGCCGGCGGAACUCUGUGGCCAGCCCCACCAGCCCCACACGCUCGCUGCCCAGGAGUGCCUCCAGUUUUGAGGGGCGAAGCGUGCCUGCUACCCCUGUCCUCACCCGGGGCGCUGGCCCCCAGCUCUGCAAACCCGAAGGCCUCCAUUCUCGCCAGUGGUCCGGCAGCCAGGACUCCCAGAUGGGCUUCCCCCGGGCAGACCCUGCCUCCGACCGUGCCUCCCUCUUCGCAGCCCGCACCCGUCGAAGCAACAGCUCUGAGGCCCUGCUUGUGGACCGGGCAGCCGGUGGGGGAGCUGGCUCCCCGCCUGCGCCCCUGGCUCCCCCUGCUGCUGGCCCCCCGGUCUGCAAGAGCAGCGAGGUGCUGUAUGAGCGCCCACAACCAACCCCUGCCUUCUCCUCCCGCACAGCUGGCCCCCCAGACCCUCCCCGGGCUGCCCGGCCCAGCUCAGCUGCCCCUGCCUCCCGUGGGGUUCCCCGGCUCCCACCUGUGUGCGGGGACUUCCUCUUGGACUAUUCCCUGGACCGGGGCCUGCCCCGAAGUGCUGGUGGUGGGGCGGGCUGGGGGGAGCUGCUGCCUGCAGCUGAGGUCCAAGGACCCCUCUCCCGCCGGGAUGGGCUCCUCGCUGUGCUCCCGGGCCCACCACCUGUGUACACAGCUGACGGCAGCAGCCCCCUCCUCCGCAGCAAGGACCCCCACUCCCGUGCCACCCGCACCAAGCCCUGUGGCCUAUCCCUGGAGGCCACCGAGGGGCCUGAGGUGCAUCCAAGCCCUCUGCUGUGGAUGCCCGCCCCCACCCGUGUCCCCCCGGCCGGUGAGCGCAGCGGCCAUAAGAACCUCGCCCUGGAGGGGCUGCGGGACUGGUACAUCCGCAACUCGGGACUGGCUGCCGGGCCGCCGCGCCGGCCUGUGCUGCCCCACGUGGGCCCGCAGCACCCGCCCUUCCUCCAUGCCCGCUGCUAUGAGGUGGGCCAGGCGCUGUAUGGGGCCCCCAGCCAGGCGCCGCUCCCGCACUCGAGGAGUUUCACGGCACCCCCUGUCUCUGGCAGAUACUACGCGGACUUCCUGUACCCCUCGGAGCUGAGCUCUCGUUUAAGUGACCUGACGCUAGAGGGGGAGCAGUCCUCCAGCUCUGACCCCCAGACCCCGGGGACACUGGUCUGACCCCUUGUUGUCCCAGGCAUGACUUUAGUCUGGGGAACACACGGCUGACCUCGCUGAACUCCGGGGUGUGAUUGCUCAGUCCUGGGGGGGUGCCGACCUGAUCUUCCAAGGCCCCUGGCUCCUUGUGGACCCACGAAGGUGUCUGACUCCCUGCUUCCCCUCUUAUGCUGUGCUGGGAACUGGGGCCCUCAGCCAGCUGAAAAAAGAGGGGAUGGUGUAAUGGGGGCUCCAGGCCCCUUCCUCUGUUUCUGUUUACACUUGUGAUUUAGGUAUUCACUGUCUUCCCCCAACACUAGACCUUUUAUAAAAGGGAAACUGUGAUCUCGUCCUGGUUGGGUUCAUUCCUAUUCCCAUGCCCAGCCUGUUCCAUUUAGGACCUCUCCCCCCGCCCCAAAACCCGGACAAUAUAGGGUCUCAGGGCCCUGUUCGGGGCAGCCAGGAGACUGGUGUGAACAGAACUCCCUGCCAUCCCCCCCACCAGGGCAGUUCUUGGGGAGGUGGGCUCUCUGCCCACAUUCGGAAGGACUGAAGUCUGACUAGGGGGCUUGGGUUCAUUUUCCUACUCCCAGGUGUGCCCAUGGGAGCCCCAGUCCUUAUCUGCCUGUCUGUGCCCGCUGCCUCUGCCCACAGGUUGAGAUGGCCCAGCCUCUGCCCUAUCUAUCCUGGUCAGGAAGCCAGCCCUGCAGGAGGGCUAAAGGGCAGAGCCGCCGGGUGUGUUGUGUCCUGGGAUGCUGCGGUGGUGGAGCCUGGCAUCGGCUCGAUGCCAGGAAAAUCCUCAGGUGACGUCUGGCCACAGGCUGCGUCACGUCUUCCUUGGCUUUCUUUCCAUCCACCACUUUUUAAACAAAUCUACACAAGCUGUGUUUUCUAUGAUACCUAUCUGUGACUUUCUGGAGCUAGGGGUCCCCUGACCUCCUUUACCUGGUGUUAAACUUUUCUUUUUCUACCAAUGGAUCUGGGCCCAAGACACUACCCACACUGGAAGGGGAUUUCUAUAAUAAAUGUGUAAA